AUGGAACUUUUAGCUGCUGCUUUUAUCAUUUGGCUCUCUUGGGUGCUAGCAGUCUUCGCCCGACAACCUCCCUCAGAUCCAAACAUACAUAUUCUGUUUGAUGAUUUCUUCCAAAGUUACUGGAAAGAUAGUAACUGGAAAGGAGCGAGUAGUUGGACAGGCGACAGUGCUUCCAAUCUCAUGGUUAAUUACCUUACGACUUUGGAGCACAACGACCAUCGCCAUAAAGUCGACGAUAUCUUUAUUAAGAUCGUCUCCCGUUCGCUAAAUCAAUGGACACUUCUCCAAUACCUUACACAAGGCUAUGAUGAUUUCGGGUGGACUGUUUUUUGCCUCCUUGAGAUGCUCCGGUACUCUUACCAGUAUGAAGAGAGGUAUCCGGAUUCAAUCGUUAUCGAUCGCCUUCCUAUCCUACGAAAGCGGUUUGCAUUUCGUGCUGCCUUCCUUCACGACGCAAUGAAAGAUUCUUGGAGCACAGAACUCUGUGGAGGGGGUGCGGAAUGGAAAGUCCGGGCGCGAAGACUCUCUCUAUGGCCUUCACUUGACUUCAGCGGAAUAUAUAAGAACAGCAUUACCAAUCAUCUUUAUAACUCUAACAACGCCCAAAUAUAUAAUGCAUCUUCCGGCCAGCCUCGACCUUAUGAGAUAAACGAACUCAGCCUCCACUAUUUGCGAUUGAUGUUAAAGCUGAUUCGGCCAGUCUUGGGUUGGCCGCGAGCCCAAUUCCAAUACUUUAAUUUUACCGAUACGGAUCUCAUAUACAGAACCAUCGAGGGAAUUAAAUGGAUGGAGCAAGCACACCUUCUUACGAACGAGUCCCUAUAUAUAGAUGGACAGCGACUUCGAUUUACACAAGACACUCCAAACGAACGUCCCAAAUUGUCCUGCGAUGCGAGUGUAAAGACUCUCUAUACUUACAACCAGGUUGCUGGUAUACGCGCUCUACGCUACUUAUCCUUAGCUACUAGUGACUCAAAACCUAUCAGUCAGGGUCACCAAGCGAUACAAAACUUGAUCAGCUCAACCUAUAAUGGUAGAUUAGGAUCGAACGGCAUCCUUGAGGAUAUCUGCGACCGGUUUGGCAAUUGUACCCAAGACAUGCAAAUUUUUAAGGGUCUACCCUUUCUCGAUAUUAAAAACUACUGCGAGCCAAUUGAAUGGGCGAAUAAAGAGGUCCAAGCCUCGCAUCGCAAACAUUGCUCAAGUUACCGCGGAUGGAUUAAUGGAAAUGCGGCUGCCGCAUACGCGACAGUUGAUCAAUCAGGAAAGUUUGGGGGUUACUGGGGGUUAAAUUCUACAGAGAGCAAUGAAAUGACGCAGAAGCAGUCUAUCGAGACGCAAGUGGCUGGGCUUUCCGUUUUACUAACCUCGUCGUGGUUCAAUAAAAAGUUUAGCUAA